AAUAAUUAUGUUAUUUUUUUAGAAUUAAAUUCAUAUAAAGUCAUAUAACUUUACGCUGCUGGAUUUUGCACUGUAAAGUAAUACAGUAGUUAACUUGUAUGUUAAACAGAUGGUUAUGUGAGUUUGGUUUGUGAACAUGUGUUUGUAGGCGGGAUGAGAAUUCACAAUGUUUAUGUUUAAGAAACUUCGUUUGAUUUUGUGAUAACCAGCUUUACUGAUGCAGAAUGUUCCACAAUCACUUUAAAAUUUUCAUUUUCUUCCGGUCUUAUCACUUGGCCACACACAUACAGACAACUGAACUCGCUUCAUUCUCAUUCUUUGCAGUUUUUUUUUUUUUACUUUAAUUGUUGUGCUCCUACAGAUGAAUACACUCCUGGGUAGCUGUUACACAAACACAGCCCUCCUCUCUAGUCUACUGUGAGUGUGAUGGCAGCCACUGAUGAGGUGACAGUGUCCAUGGGGGAAGUGGUGAUGGUGAAGGCCGAUGGUGAGGGUGAACCAGAUGAUCCUAAUAAGACUCAGGUCAUCCUCCAGCUCCAACCAAUUACCACUGGAGAUGAGUCUGCUGAAACAGAUGCAGCUGUCAUGGCUGUUGAAGCGCAGCCAGAACAAAGUGAGGGAGAUGAUGUAGAGAUCGCCUGUCCCAUCACGUGUGGCGACUGUAAAGCUAUGUUGCUAGUGAAGAAAUUUGUUUGCCCAGGAAUCAAUGUAAAGUGUGUAAAGUAUGAAGACCAGCUGAUCAGCCCCAAACAGUUUGUGCACCUUUCUGGGAAAGCCACCCUAAAGGACUGGAAGAGAGCUAUAAGGAUGGGUGGAGUCAUGCUAAGAAAAAUGAUGGAUUCUGGUCAGAUUGACUUCUACCAGCACAGCACACUGUGUACCAACACAUGCCGCAGCACCAAGUUUGACAUUUUAAUCAACAACACACGGUUCCCUCCUGAUGGCAGUGGACUCACCACACCCACAUCCUCUCAAGCUCAGGUGGUCUUGGGUAACGGCGGAGCACUUGUGGAGGACCGAACAGACGAUCUGAGUGGAAAGGGUGACUGGAGCACCAACUCACUAGAGUCCAUGGACAAGAAAGAACCCAGUGAGAUUUCAGAGGACACGCUGAAUUUCUGGAAGGGCAUUGCUGAUGUGGGUCUGCUGGGGGAGGUGGUGACCAACAUCAGCACUGAGCUGCUGGAGCUGCUGAAUGGCGUGCAGCUGCACAGGGAUCCAGCUGUCUUACAGGACUCAGAUUCCUGUCUGGUAGAGGUGGCGGUGCUUAGUAACCUUGCCCAAGUGUUCGGCCUGCUCGACUCGGUCAAGAAGAUCUUGGAGAGGAGGAAGCAGCAGACCGAUCCCAACCAGGAGCAGAUCCUCGGCACACUCAACAACCUGGAGAUGCAGUUGGAAGAGCAGCGGAAGCAGCAGCAGGUGCGGGCCCUCCUCUCCUGCCCACAAACUGCCAAAAACAAAACUCCCACCAAGCGCCAGACCAAACGGCCUCGCCUGCAGCGGCCCGCCUCCACCACCACUCUCCUGACGUCCCCCAUCAACCAGCAGGCCACCCUGCAGCCGCAGCAGUUCACUGUUCUCUCUCCCAUCUCGCUGUCAUCCGUGAGUCAGCCGUUCACCGUGGCCGGCCUGCCCAUCGCCUCCCUGGCUCAGUCCCCCAACACCGUCACCCUGCUCCCUGCCGGCUCCCAGCUUUUCACGCGCUACAUGGUGACCGGCGAUGGAAAGGCAGACGCGAUCACCUUGCACCCGUCCUCAGGCCUCACAAUAGUGGGCACCACCGCGGUGCAAGAUCCCAGCCAGCUAGGUACAGUGGUGAGCCCGGUGGAGCUGGUGCACCUCAGCCAACAGACCAGCAGUGGAGAGGUGGUGCCCAUCGAGGGCCAGGUGGUGGACGGUGCCAUGCUAGUGCAGCAGGAGGUGAUGCAGGGUGAGGUGGAGUCCGGCCAGGAGCACACGGUCAUCGAGAUCAACCCGACCCCUGUGGAGCAGGCGGUGGGGGUAAUGGAGCUACAGCUGACGGGGAACUCAGGAAGAGAAGGGGCCACUAUGCUGGUCCAAAGUGGCAUGAAGGUGACAAUGGCUGGAGAAGGGGAGGAGACGCAUUGCCAAAUACAGGAGGCGCAGGAGACUGAAGGGGUAGAGGGGCUGCAGCUAGACGCCAGUGGACAGUUGUCGAGUGUACAGAUAGUGGUGAUAGAAGAUAAUACUCAGGAAGAAAACAAGGUCAAAUGAAACACACCUCCCAUGUCACAGAGCAGGUAUGAACUCGAACAAAAUGUCAAAACACAGACGUUCCAAUUCUUGGCCCAAGACCAAGCACUAGGGAGUCCAUCCAUUUCUCUGCUGGUGCGCGUUGAUGUUCUCUAACUUGUAGAUUUUUUCUUAUUAAAACAAAGAGAUAUCAAAACAGGAUAUUUCUGGUUUCUUACAGCCCAGGUCUUAUUUUCUAGUUUUGGCUAUUAAUAUUACCACUUUUCGUGGCUAGCUAAGUGCUGGGAUUUGGGAAUGCAAACAUUUUUUAAAAAGUCAGGGCAUCUCCACAAAGAAGAAACAAUUAGUUUAUCCUCAAGCUGUGAAUAUGUCAGAUCAUCUCAUGGUGCAGCUCCUGCUGCAUUAGAUAAAUUCACACACUAUAUUUUUAAUGUCUGCAUCAAUGUACGUCAAAAGACUAAAGCCAAAAAUGAAGGACCUCUACUAGGAAUAUUUAAUAAAAAAAAAACAACUCCAAAUGCUGUAGAAUAUCUUAGACUCUUGUUUUUUGUUCUUAUACAGCAUAUUGUUACAACAAUUGAGUUCUACAUCAAGCUGACGUCAAAGCAAUACACGCCACUUCGAACCACUUUUCACUCACUUCAUGUGAGGCUUCAUCCAGACCAGCAGGUGGCAGUAGUUUGCAGCUAUCCAAACUAGAAACAAAGCCUCAUUUGGCAGCGUCUGCUCACUGUUUUCACACCACUCUGGUCUCAUCACAGCUCCUUCUGAUCCAGAAUAUGUUUACUAGGAAAGUUGUAAAUGGCACUGGCUUCUGUUUCUCUUUGUGCAGUGAUUCAUUUAGCCCAACAGCAGGUCUGGUUUGCUGCUUCCCAGCUCAGUAGCAUCAAUAAUAACUGCCAUUAGUGUGAGCGGAAUCAAUUCACUGUUGCCUCUAGAACUUUGUAGAGGAACUGUGUAAUACUAGACUAUGAUUCUCUUCAUUAUUUACCAUUGCAUAAUUCAGAACCAUGGAUCAAUACCAGACCAAAUGUGUCUUCCUUCAGCUUCCCACUGAGCACAGAAAGUGGGUGAUGUUGUGCUUUUAUUUUCUCGUUUGCUUUCCCUGAUCCCAGCGUUUAGGACUGUAAACUAAACCAGACCUGGGCCCAGUUAUGAGAACAGAUUUAGGCCUCCAUACAAACAAACAAGAGAAUGCACUGUAACUGUGAAGCGAACGUCCACUCGCAGGUUUUUAAUGGUGCCGACGGGUCCGAUCACGUUCUCCUGCUCUGUCACACUCAUUACCACUGACAGUGUUGGUGUCACUUUAGGCUGGGAGUAUUUGCACUCUAUGGUUGCAUCCAGGCUGUAUUACUUUUGCACUGUGGAUGUCCGCGACGGACUACAGGACGGUGUUUGCAGAAUGCCUUGUCUCCGAACUGUGGGACGCCAUCGUUAUGGCGACAGACCUGAACUCUUUGCUUUGGAACCGUUUUGCUAAUGCACUUAGUCACACAGAUUCAACGGGACAGGUUGCUUGUUGCUUUCUUUCAGCUUCACGUAGUGCGAGCUGCUGUGCUGAAUGUGCAAGUCAGUAUAUAUAAUACAUAUAUACUUAAUGUACAACCAGCCUGUGUUUUACACUUGUAGUGUCAUAUUUAUUAGUUUUCAAACUGAAGAGAUGCUCAUCUCGUUUUAAGGUGCAUUCCCCAAUGAAUUCACGUACCUGGUUUUAGCUUGCAUCAACAAAGACUUGUGCAUUUUCAAUAAUUUAAUUUAACAUUUGAGAGUGUUUGCUUUUCUGACUUUGUAAUGUGUUUUAAUAUCAGAUUAAAACUGAAAGCAUAUGA